AAACGAACUCGCCUCUCCUGCACCGUUCCUCAUUUUCAUAUUCCGCGCAUCUAUCUCCGGAGCACCGCGGCUGUGUUUUAAGGACAGUAAUGCAUUCAGAAAGCCUAACCUCAGGAAUGAGACACCAGUGAGACCUACAAAGCCAGAAACACUUUAAUCAUCAAGUCUUCAUAUCAUAGAGACAAAAUGGAGGAUCUAUCGUCUUGACCGGUCAACAUGCAUGAAUGUCCAUAAUGUGUUGAUCUACCGAUGUAGACGCAACCAAGACAUUUCUUCUUUCGCAUACUUCACCCUGAUUGGCUGUUGUGACGAGAGUUUGGCAGCAGUAUGCGUUCAUGGCCGGGCUCGUGGCGCUGGAUUGCGCUCGUUCUGCUGGCUUGGGGGACGUUGCUCUUUUAUAUUGGGGGUCACCUGGUGAAGGACAGCGAACACGCACCGCGUUCAAGCCGUGAGUUGGCGAAGAUCCUCACCAAGCUGGAGAGACUCAAACAGCAAAAUGAAGAUCUACGGCGCAUGGCCCAGUCACUACAGAUUCCAGAAGGACAGUCUGAUGGGCCAAUAUCAUCCGGAAGACUGCGAUCUCUUGAGGAACAGCUGAGCCGAGCCAAACUGAAGAUCCACAGUUUCCAAAGACUGUCUGCAGAAGUGGGUCCGGGACGAGAACAGGAAGAACUGAGGAGAAAGGUGGAGAAUGGUGUGAGAGAGCUGUGGUAUUUUAUUCGCAGUGAGAUACAGAAGCUGAGUCACAUUAAGCCGACAGAACAACAGAAACAUUCUGACACGCUGCUGCAGGACCUGGGACAUCAACAGAGGACCAUCAUGAAAGACCUGUACCAGUUGAGUCAGGCUGAUGGAGCUGGUGACUGGAGAGAGAAAGAGGCCAGAGAUGUUUCCAGCCUGGUACAGAACAGGAUCUCCUACCUACAGAACCCGCAGGACUGCAGUAAAGCACGUAAGCUGGUGUGUAACAUCAAUAAGGGUUGUGGAUACGGCUGUCAGCUUCAUCACGUGGUGUAUUGCUUCAUGAUCGCUUACGGCACACAGAGAGUUCUCAUUCUGGAGUCGCAUAACUGGCGUUACGCUCCUAAAGGCUGGGAGACGGUAUUCCGACCCGUCAGUGACACCUGUACGGACCGAUCCGGAGCCACAACUGGACACUGGUCAGGUGAAGCUCACGAUCAUGACGUUCAGGUGGUGGAGUUGCCCAUCGUGGACAGUCUACACCCACGACCGCCGUACCUCCCUCUCGCUAUCCCAGAAGACCUAGCGCCCCGUUUGCAGCGUCUUCAUGGUGACCCGUCCGUCUGGUGGGUGUCACAGUUUGUCAAGUAUCUGGUCCGCCCGCAGGCAUGGCUGGAGCAGGAGAUCCAGGAAACGGCCGUCAAACUGGGCUUUAAACACCCCAUUAUUGGCGUCCACGUCAGACGAACGGAUAAAGUCGGGACAGAAGCCGCGUUUCACCCCAUAGAGGAGUACAUGGCGCAUGUGGAGGAACAGUUCGAGUACAUAUCUCAGCGAGUCCAUGUGGAUAAAAAACGAGUAUAUCUGGCCACCGACGACCCCUCGCUGUUAGAGGAAGCUAAAACCAAGUACACUGACUAUGAGUUCAUCAGCGAUAACUCCAUCUCUUGGUCAGCGAGUUUACACAACCGUUACACAGAAAAUUCUCUCCGAGGCGUCAUACUUGACAUCCACUUCCUGUCCCAGACUGACUUCCUGGUUUGCACGUUUUCAUCACAGGUGUGCCGUGUGGCUUAUGAAAUCAUGCAGACUCUUCACCCGGACGCCUCGUCUUUCUUCCGUUCUUUGGAUGAUAUCUACUACUUCGGUGGACAGAAUGCACACAACCAAAUCGCCAUCUACCCGCACGAGCCUCGCACAGCCGACGACAUCCCACUGGAGCCCGGAGACCUCAUCGGUGUCGCUGGAAACCACUGGGACGGAUACUCCAAAGGGGUCAACCGCAAACUGGCCCGCACCGGCCUCUACCCAUCCUACAAAGUCAAAGAGAAGAUCGAGACUGUGAAGUACCCCACUUAUUCUGAAGCGGAUAAACUGCUGAGCUUAUAGAAAAUAAACGAGAGAAAUGAUCGAUUCACGAACAGCUGAACUCACCAAGGAUUGCCAGAUAAGAGGUUUGAGACAAAUGCUCAAGGAUAGACACACAUGGAGUGUGUGAGAAUGUGUAAUCGUGUGUAUGUGUGUAUUUACAGGUCGGACGCUCCUUUUAGUGUAAUCUGACUAAAGUUUGUGUAAAUUGACGGCUAUGAAACUCAAGAGUCACAAUGGAGCUGUUGCCUAGAAACGGCGUCGACGCUCAGAUCAGCAGCAACAAAUGAACUAUAAAUAUUUUUUAAGUGUUUUUUAAAAUAUUUUCUUGCGUCCUCCUGCUUGAGUAUCUUCCUUUGUCGGGGAGAAUCUCACACAACCUGUCAAGAGCAUGUCCAGGUCAUAUUUCACCUCAAAACAAAAAAUAGCAAAUAAAUAAAUUCAAAAACAAUUAUAUUUUGCAUAAAGACAAUAAAGUCUAUUUUUAGAGCCAUUAAUAUUUUUUGCACC